AUGAAUCUCUUUUAUGUUAUCGCCAUUUCAAUUUUCCUUUUUGUUCGCUUGGGCGAAGGAAUCGAAAUCUUGGCUCCUAACGAUGAAAACCCUGGAAGUAUGCUCGAUGAUGCUAUUGACAAUGCCAAGACAGGAAUGAACAAUGCGCGCGAGAAGGUCGCCGGCGCCGCUAAGGAUAUGAAGGAAGCAGUCUACAGCAAUACUGAAAAGAUGGGUGACAACGCCAAGACAGGAAUGAACAAUGCGCGCGAGAAGGUCACCGGCGCCGCUGAGGAUAUGAAAGAAGCAGUCAACAGCAAAUCUGAAAAGAUGGCUGACAAUUCUAAGACAGGAAUGAAUAAUGCGCGCGAGAAGGUCAUCGAAGCCGCUGGGGAUAUGAAGGAAGCCGUUAGCAGCAACACUGGAGAGAUCUUUGACUCGUUACCCAAGUCUGCUGAGGAAGCGGGAUCGCAAGCUGGUGAUGCGAUCGAUUCGGGUGUGCAAUACGUUAAGGAUGCCACCAAGGAGAGGAGUACUUCUGAAAAGAUUCGUGAAUCUGCGAAGGAAACCGGAUCAACACUUGGCAAUAUGAUGGAUUCGGGUGUGCAAAAGGUUAAGGACACCAUCAGUGGGCCUGGUGAAAGUGAAACGAAGUAA